AUCCUCCAGCCAAUGGACGGAUGCGGCGAGGGCGGGAGCAGCCCGUUCGGUGGAUCGCCUUGGCGGUGCGGCCGGGGCCGUCCCCCCAGCCCCCGGCGUGCGGCGGCUCGGCAGUCCCGGAGAGAGAGUCCCUCCCAGUACUGAGACAUCUGUAGACUGUACACCUCCCUGUUAACUGAUCCAGCGUUUUGUGCCAAGAGUGAACGGGCGGAGAGGAUGUGCGAGUGACCUCCCUUCCAUCUGGGGGAGAGAGAGAGACACACGAAAACAGAGAGCAGCCCUCCGUUGCCAGCUGGGUGGGAGGAGGAGCUCCCGCCCUUCCCCGAGCCAUGGCGGACCCCAUCAUGGACUUGUUUGACGACCCCGGCCUCUUUGCCGAGGGGCUGGAAUCUCUGACGGCUGGCUCCAUUGCCGACGAGCUGGACCUGGGCGAGAGUUUUGACGGCCUGGCCCCCUUCCCGGCUGGUACCCCUGAACCGGCCCCGCAGCCUGCUCCCUUCCCAGCGUUCCCCAGCUCCGGCCCCCUCUGGGCCCAACCCCCUACUGGGGGACAGAGCCCGUCGGCACCGCCCGCGCCUGAGCCCGAGUACCUGGUCCACCAUGACUACGCCUUGCAGCAGAGUGGCACCGGGGAGGCUGCUCCAGCUCCUCCCCCUGUCCCCUCUCCCACCCCUUCCCCUUCCCCGUCCCCUGCCCAGCCAGCCCUCCUCCCCUUCUCCCAGCCCCCCGAGGGCAUCAGUCAGGGCAACCCCUUCAUGGGGGUCCAGGAUUCUCAGCAGGAGAUCCCCGCUGCUGUCCCCCCUGCCACCUCCUCACCCGCUGCUUCUGUGCCCACCGAGGUGAAGGAGGUGGCACCAGUCCCAUCCGCAGGCCAGGGGCAGCAGCCCGCCUCCUCCUCCGCCACCACUGCUGUCUCGUCCUCCUCUUCCUCCUCGCCCGCCAUGCAGUACAACAUCCGUUACACCCUUCCCGGGCAGCCCACCCCCAACGGAGGGGUGGUGGUUCCACAGGGGGCCGUGCUGGCCAGCACGCAGACCGUGCCCUACGUUCUUAGCCAGCCUCAGGAGAGCCAGUCCAACGGAGCCCCCCUGGGGCAGGUGGUCCUUCAGCCCGUGGCAGCACAGCAGGGAACGGCCACCCUCGCAAAUGUCAAGCCCAACGUCACCAUCGCACCCUCGCCAGCCUCGCAGGGUGACCCGAAGCGGAUCACAUUAGUCCUGCAGCAGCCGCCUGGAUCUUCCCAGCCUGGCCAGCGCCACGUGAUGAUGCGGACCCUCCCCGGCAAGAUCCUGAUCCAGGGGCAGCAGCUGACAGCCCUGGCGCAGGGGCAGGGGGCCAAGGGCCAAGCCGGCAAGGUGGUGACCAUCCAGCUGCAGCUGCAGAACCCUCAGCAGAAGCUGCAGCCCUGCCAGAUGUUCCUGCAGCAGCCGGUGACUGUGGCUGCCACUGCUGCCCCACAGCAGCCCCAGGGAGUUCGCCAGCAAGCACAGGCUCCGAGGCUGACCGUCCCACUACAGGUCUCCCUGCAGCAGCCAGUGCAGCCCCAGGUCUCAGUGCCCACGGUGUCGGUGGUGACGGCCCAGGUGAGCGGGGCCGUCAACGAGCAGCAGCGGAAGUUGGAGCAUCAGAAGAAGCAGGAGAAAGCCAACCGCAUCGUGGCGGAAGCCAUUGCCCGGGCCAAGGCGCGCGGCGAGCAGAACAUCCCCCGGGUGCUGGCCCACGGCGAGCUCAGCGGCAGGGCCCUGGGCACCGACAGCGAGGACAAGCGCCGCAAGAAGAAGACGGCCUCCCGCUCCAAGGACGCCGAUGGGAAGAAGUCCAGGUCCUCCUCCGCCGCCGCCACCAAAGCUGGCUCCUCCUCGUCCGCCAAGGGCAAGGGCAAGUCGAAACUCAGCACCAUCACCCCAGUGAUCGGCAAGAAGCGGAAAAAAACCGGAUCGUCGGAGGAGAACUCGGAUGUGGAGAGGUCACCAGCGCAUUCCUCCAAGGACGACGAGGAGUCUGCCACUCAGAAGCGGCGCUCCAACCGGCAGGUGAAGAGGAAGAAGUACACGGAAGACCUGGACCUGAAGAUCACGGACGAUGAGGAUGAGGAGGUGGACGUGAUGGGCCCGGUGAAGAUGCCGCCGAUGGUAGACGUGGAUACCAGCCUGCAAACCAUGCAGCUGUUCGUGGAAAACCCCAGUGAAGAGGAUGCUGCUAUCGUGGAUAAGAUCCUCUCGUUCAGGGUGGCGAAGAAGGAGGUGUACCAAGGACAGUACAUGGAGGUGGAGGAGUUCUACGUCAAGUACAAGAACUAUUCCUACCUGCACUGCGAGUGGGCCACCCUGCAGCAGCUGGAGAAGGACAAGCGUAUUCACCAGAAGAUCAAGCGCUUCAAGGCCAAGAUGGCGCAGAUGAGGCACAUUUUCCACGAGGAUGAAGACCCCUUCAACCCGGACUACAUCGAGGUCGACCGACUGCUGGAGGAGUCUCACAGUGUGGACAAGGAUAAUGGCGAGCCGGUGGUCUAUUACCUGGUGAAGUGGUGCUCCCUGCCCUAUGAGGACAGCACUUGGGAGCUGAAGGAAGAUGUGGACGAGGCGAAGAUCGAGGAGUUUGAGCGGCUCCAGGCCAGGAAGCCCAAGCUGACCCACGUGGAGCGCCCGCCGGCCAAAGCCUGGAAGAAGCUGGACCAGUUCCGGGAGUACAAGAAUGACAACCAGCUGCGCGAGUACCAGCUUGAGGGCGUCAACUGGCUGCUCUUCAACUGGUACAACAGACAGAACUGCAUCCUGGCUGACGAGAUGGGCUUGGGGAAGACCAUUCAGUCCAUCACCUUCCUGGAGGAGGUGUACUCUGCCGGUAUUCAGGGCCCCUUCCUUGUCAUCGCCCCGCUCUCCACCAUCACCAACUGGGAGAGGGAGUUCAGCACCUGGACUGACAUGAACGCCAUCGUCUACCACGGCAGUCUGGCCAGCCGGCAGAUGAUCCAGCAGUACGAGAUGUACUUCAGGGAUCCCAAGGGUCACUUCAUCCCAGGAGCCUACCGCUUCGACGCGCUGAUCACCACCUUCGAGAUGAUCCUGUCGGACUGCCCGGAGCUGAGGGAGAUCGCCUGGCGCUGUGUCAUCAUCGACGAGGCUCACCGCCUCAAGAACCGCAACUGCAAGCUGCUGGAGGGCCUGAAGCUGAUGGAACUGGAGCACAAGGUCCUUCUGACCGGGACCCCCCUGCAGAACACGGUGGAGGAGCUGUUCAGCCUGCUGAACUUCCUGGAGCCCUCGCAGUUCCCCCUGGAGUCGGCCUUCCUGCAGGAGUUUGGGGACCUGAAGACGGAGGAGCAGGUGCAGAAGCUGCAGGCCCUGCUCAAGCCCAUGAUGCUGCGGCGCCUCAAAGAGGACGUGGAGAAGAACUUGGCCCCCAAGGAGGAGACGAUCAUCGAGGUGGAGCUGACCAACAUCCAGAAGAAGUACUACCGUGCCAUCCUGGAGCGCAACUUCACCUUUCUGGCCAAGGGGGCGGGCCAGGCCAACGUCCCCAACCUGCUCAACACCAUGAUGGAACUGCGCAAGUGCUGCAACCACCCCUACCUCAUCAACGGAGCAGAGGAGAAGAUCCUGGGUGAGUUCCGGGAGACGCACGACCCGACAGCGCUGGACUUCCACCUGCAGGCCAUGAUCCAGUCGGCAGGCAAACUGGUGCUGAUCGACAAGCUGCUGCCCAAGCUGAAGGCGGGCGGACACAAGGUGCUCAUCUUCUCGCAGAUGGUCCGAUGCCUGGAUAUCCUCGAGGACUACCUCAUCCAGAAGAGGUACCUGUACGAACGGAUCGAUGGGCGGGUGCGGGGGAACCUGCGGCAGGCUGCCAUCGACCGCUUCAGCAAGCCGGACUCGGACCGCUUUGUGUUCCUGUUGUGUACACGGGCCGGGGGGCUGGGCAUCAACCUCACUGCCGCCGACACCUGUAUCAUCUUCGACUCCGACUGGAACCCCCAGAACGACCUGCAGGCCCAGGCUCGCUGCCAUCGGAUCGGCCAGAGUAAGGCAGUGAAGGUGUACCGGCUGAUCACCCGCAACUCGUACGAGAGGGAGAUGUUCGACAAGGCCAGUCUCAAGCUGGGCUUGGACAAGGCUGUGCUGCAGUCGAUGAGUAGCCGAGAGAACAACAUCAACGGGAUCCAGCAGUUCUCCAAGAAGGAGAUCGAGGACCUGCUGCGCAAGGGUGCCUACGGCGCCAUCAUGGAUGAGGAGGACGAGGGCUCCAAGUUCUGCGAGGAGGACAUCGACCAGAUCCUGUCGCGCAGGACCACCACCAUCACCAUCGAGACAGAGGGCAAGGGCUCCACGUUCGCUAAGGCCAGCUUCGUGGCCACUGGGAACCGGACGGACAUCUCCUUGGACGACCCCAACUUCUGGCAGAAGUGGGCCAAGAAAGCCGACAUCGACCUGGACAUGGUGAACCGCAGGAACAACCUGGUCAUUGACACCCCGCGAGUCCGCAAGCAGACCCGGCCCUUCAACACCACCAAGGACGACGAUGUGGACUUCUCCGAGAUGGACAGUGACAGCGAUGAGCGCCCUAAGUCUCGCAGGUCCCAUGAGCGUCGGCAUGGUUACGGGAGGACCGAGUGCUUCAGGGUGGAGAAGAACCUGUUGGUCUACGGCUGGGGUCGGUGGAAGGAUAUCCUGGCCCACGGGCGGUUCAAGCGGCGGAUGUCGGAGCGAGACGUGGAGGUGAUCUGCCGCACCAUUCUGGUCUACUGCCUGCUCCACUACCGAGGUGAUGAGAAGAUCAAGGGCUUCAUCUGGGACCUCAUCACGCCCACCGAGAACGGGCAGACCAAGGAGCUGCAGAACCACUCAGGGUUGUCGGCCCCAGUUCCCCGGGGCCGGAAGGGGAAGAAGAUCAAGAGUCAGAGCAGUUCAUUCGACGUACAGAAGGCUGACUGGAUCCGCAAGUGUAACCCCGAUGUCCUCCUCCAGGACGACAGCUACAAGAAACAUCUCAAACACCACUGCAACAAGGUGCUCCUCAGGGUUCGAAUGCUUUACUACCUGAAGCAGGAGGUGAUUGGAGACCAAUCGGACCGGGUGCUGGACGGAGCCGACACCAAUGACAUCGACGUGUGGAUCCCGGAGGUGGACGGGAUGGAGGUUCCGGCUGAGUGGUGGGACAUGGAGGCUGACAAAUCACUGCUGAUCGGGGUCUUCAAACACGGCUACGAGAAGUACAACACCAUGCGUGCUGACCCUGCCCUCUGCUUCCUGGAGCAGGUCGGGCGGCCGGAUGAGAAGGCCAUUGCGGCAGAGCAGAGGGGAACGGACAUGUUCGGUGACCUCGGUGACGGCGGAGACUUCGAGAGGGACUUAGAAGAUCCGGAGUACAAGCCCCUCAUUCUGGGCAGGGAACAUCGCGACGAUGAUGGUGAUGGAAUGGCGUUGGAUGAAGAUAUCUCAGUGGAUGGGGACGAUGGGGAGGCGCGCAAAGACGUCUUAAUGGGAGCAGGGCUACCCAGCCAGUGCCGGUACUGGCCCAUGCCUUCGGUGCUGACGGCCCGUCUGAGGCGGCUGGUCACCGCCUACCAGCGCAGUUACAAGCAAGAGCAGCAGAAGAUGGAGGCGGCGGAGAGGGGGGACCGCAAGCGGCGGCGGUGUGAGGCUGCCUUCAAGCUGAAGGAGAUCGCGAGGCGCGAGAAGCAGCAGAAGUGGACGGGCCGGGAGGAGUCGGACUUCUACCGGGCAGUGUCCACCUUCGGCGUGGAAUUUGAGCCCCACACACGGCGGUACCGGUGGGAUCGGUUCCGAGACAUCGCCCGACUCGAGAGGAAGACGGACGAGACGCUCACCCGCUAUCUGCAGAUGUUCAUGGCCAUGUGUCGCCGGGUGUGUGGGCUGCCCCUCGAGGAGGGGGAAGAGUACCCGGAGCCGAGCCUGCUGGUGAGGCAGCUGACGGAGGAGCGGGCCACCCGGGCUCUCUACCGCAUCGAGCUGCUGCGGCGGGUGCGCGAGCAGGUCCUGUGUCACCCGCUGCUGGGGGAGCGCCUGCGGCUGUGCCAGCCCUCGGCGGAGCUGCCCGGCUGGUGGGAGAGCGGCCGCCAUGACCUGGAGCUGCUGCAGGGGGCUGCCAGGCACGGCCUGCGCCGGGCCCACGCUCACCUCCUCUGCGACCCCUGCUUCUCCUUCCGCGCCUGCCGCCUGGCCCACCUGCAGAGGCAUCCCCCCUCACCUGCCUGCUGUUCGGUCAGGGGCACCGGAGGCUGCAGCCCCCCUCCCGGCGACUGGGAGCGUGAGACGGACUCCGAUCUGGAUCGCUCCUCCCUCGCCGACUCCUGUCCCAGCUCCUCAGAGGAAAGCGACGGGGAGGGAGCCUGCGCUGAGGCUCGGUCACUCUCGAAGAACUACGACGAGGAGAGCACGAUAUCCCUCAACACCUCCCGGGAUGAGACGCAGGACGGCUUCCCCAAUGAUGAGCUGGAGCCCAGCCUGGGCAAUCUCUUGCACGACAAGCAGCUCCCGGUACCCAGCUGGCCCAAGGACCGAGUGUUGAUCAACCGCAUUGACGUGGUGUGCCACACGGUGCUGAAUGGCUGCUGGCCCACUCCCCGGAGGGCACAAUGCGAUCCCGCCAGAUGCCCGCAGGCCUGCCCUGGCACCCCAUCACUGGCAGAGAGCCCUGAGGAGACCCCGGUGCCCACGCCGGGAAGCCUGACCAUUGACGAGGACACCCCUUCCGCCUCCUUCACCAAGAUGAAGAAACACGCCCGCGAGAAGGAGUUCACCGUCAAGAUCAACAAUGAGGACGGGUUGAAGCUGACUUUCCACAAGCAGCGCCGCCGCCCCCGUAAGCCGGAGGACGAGGAGGGCGAGGGGUCCCGAGGGCCAGAGUUCACCCCCAGCCAGUCCGCCUCAGACAGCGGCCCUGAGACAGAGUGCCCCCGCACCGCCCUCCUCACCCCCUCCGCCCUGCUGGAUCACAGCUUCCCCCUGCGGGAGGGGGGCAGCCCCAACCCCCACACCGUCCGCUGCCAGCUGGACGCCGUGCUCAGCGCCGGAUCCAGCCCACUCUGGAGGCACUCGGUCAACGGGCAGCUAGCCGGCGCGCAGAGCCUGGGCAAGAAAAGGCGUGGCCGGAGGAGGAACGUGGAAAGGGGAGAGCUACUGCAGCCCAGCCCGAGCCAGGGGCUCUGUACAGCGAAUGGCGAGGUGGAGCGAACCAUAGAAGAGCCUCAGACCCAGCCACGGCGGCCGGAGCCCGACAUGGAAACCCGUAUCCCCGUGGUCAGCAAGCUGGACGGCACGGUGCUGGCGGGGGACGAAGCCCCCCGGCGCCGAGAGCUCGACCAGUGGCUGAAGCUCAACCCCGACUUCGCCGUCGAUCCCAGCUGCCUAGCGUUUGUCGAGGACCGGCCGAAACAGAAACGGCACCGCUGCCGGAAUCCCCACAAGCUGGACGUCAACACGCUGACCGGAGAGGAGAGGGUCCCUGUCAUCAACCGCCGUAACGGCAAGAAGCUGGGAGGGGGAUUUGCUCCACCGAUCAAAGACCUCCAGAAGUGGCUUCAAGACAACACUGAAUACGGAGUUGCUCAGGAGUGGGCCGACGUUAUCAAGCAGUCGGGAUUCCUCGCUGAAGACAUGUACGAUCGGAUCCUCAGUGGCCCGGUGGUGCCCGAGGAGGGCAGGAAGAGGGGCCGGCGCCCCAAACACCUCUCAGCUGCCCUGCAGGUGAACUCGCUGCUGGAGGGGGGAGGCCUGCGGACCCUCCAACAGGAGCUGCCACCCUUGCAGCUACCCGGCCUGGUGGGUUACCCGCAGGCCCCGGCCCCCACCCAGAGCCAGACUGGACUCUCAGAACCUCCGCCCGGACCCUCGCUGCCCCUCAGUCCCCUGCUGCUGCCUGCCGUGUACGGAGGUGGUGUCUACCUGGGACCAGGCGCCGCCGAGCUAUCCCUUGGGGCGCUGGAUGGCGCCAGGGGACUGGGGGCUGUGCGCGGGGAGGGUGGGGCAGCCGAUGACCAUCUCUCUCAGGGUUACGACAGUGGCGAAGAGGGGGGCGGCUACUGUCACUCCCUCAUCGGUGACCCCAUGAUGCCCACCAACUCCGACCUGAGUGGGGAGGACUGAGGUGUGGGCGGAAAACCCCUCUUUCCCCACCCCCCCGUCUCCCUUCCCCCUCUGACCCUCACCCCCAUCCAACCUCCACGACCCCUCCAUGCGGGGUUUCCGAGUACAGGGAGCUGUGCCCCGCCACUGAUCCGCCACAGGAGGGCAGGAGGAGGGAUCUGUGUUCCAGGAACCGGGUAGGGGAAUGCCAGAGCGUGUCCCCUCCCACUACCCCCCACUCGAACCAUGGUUAGGUUCCACGGACCCUCACUUGCAAUGGCAACUGCUGUCUACUCUCUGGGGCUUGGUCUUUUUCUCUUGUCUCUCUCCCUCUCUGUCUCUGUAUGUCUCACUCUGUCUUCUCAGUGUGUUCUCUUUCCUUCUGUGUGUGUGUGUGUCUCUCUCCCCCUCCCCCGUGUGUGAGUACCUCUCUCUCCCAGUCCCGUGUGUGUGUCCUCUUCCCCAUGUGUGUGUCUCUCUAUCUAUGCUCUCUCGUAUGUGAAUGUGUCUCUUUAUAUCCUCUCCUCUGUUCUCUCUCUCUCUCCCCCCACCAUCCCAUCUUUCUGCUCUCCCCUCCCUUCCCACCCUUUCCCUCUGAAUUUUCUUCACGCACCAUUGACCAGUCCCUAUGUGUUCCCCUGCACUCUGGCUUGGGUAGCCGAGGCUGCUGCUGGCGAGACCCCUACCACUCCCCGCUCCUUCCGAGACACAGAGAGGACCGAUCUGAUCCUGUCCGGCGGGAGCCUGCAAGCCCGGUCAGGCUCGGGGUGAGGGGGUGAGGAGCUGGCGAUCGGAGAUCCCCAUCCCACCAGGCUGCCUCCCCGAGAUGUCGGAAUCUGCACCACUGGAGCCAAGAAAGAGGAACUUUAGUAAUAAAAUUCCAGGGAAAAACGGAGAGACAAAAAAAAACAUUGGGGUGGGAGGGAGGAAUGACUUGUUUUUGAGAAAAAGCAAUGUGUUGGGACUGAAAAAGCAGAAGCGCUUGCGUGCGUGUGACAUCGACGUGCGCUCGCGUGCGCGCGCACACACAUACAUACACACACACACACACACACACACACACACAGAGUAAGGAGACGAGGUUUAAAUUAUUUCAUGAAUUUGUGACAGGGCAAGGUGUAUAUUUAACUGCAGUGGAUGUGUGGACAAUGUGUCCAGUUCCAGUGUAUCUACAGAUCCCUAUUGUUUUCACUGGAGACAUGUAAAUAAACAGACGAAAGAUCCAGGGUUUUUUUCCUGUAGUACUGUUUCUGGCUGUCACUUUUGUCUGCCCACU